AUGAGAUUUGGGAAAAAGGGUAAGUUAAGGGCCAAAUAUGUAGACCCAUAUGAGAUUUUGGAGCAAAUUGGGAAAGUAGCCUAUAGGUUGGCGUUGUCAAUGGAGUUUGAGAAGAUCCAUUAUGUGUUUCACAUUUCCCAACUCAAGCGAUAUAUCCCUGAUGAGCGUCAUGUUUUGGAGCCUGAGAGGAUACAUAUUAAUAUUAGCCUCACUUAUGACGAAAGACCUAUGAAGAUUCUUAACAAAAAGGUGCGUAGUAUACACAAUAAGGAUGUCCAUAUAGUUAAAGUACUUGGGUCUAACCACGAGUCUGAAGAGGCAACAUAG